AAUGUUAGCCACCCAGUUAGCUUUCUCUGCAAUGAAAACAAAAUGACAGGGCAAACUAUUGUCCUUGCGCUCACACGACUGUCGUCGGACGUAGCUAGCUAGACUGCCAACUAGCCAUAAUGUGUUGGAAGCUAAGUUAGUUAACUAAGUUGUAACUACCACAGUGAGGGGAAAAGUGAAAACAAAACUAGCUAACUUAGCUAACACAGCUAGGACAAACGAAUCUGUUAUUGUUGACGGAAAUGUAAGCUAACAAACUCAGUGGCUAGCUAGUUAACUUCCCAGCCGAGUUGCAUUAGUGAAACAUGCAUUCGGCAUAUUUGCAUAUUGCUGGUGAUUGGAAAGGGCAAAGUGCUUCUAUUAGCUAACUAGCUUAGGUAGACAAGUAGGUAUGCAGCUAGCUAGAUAAAUUAGCUUGCUCCGGGAUUAUACAUGCAUUUGUAUAGCUUGAUUGAUAUUUUAAUGUAAGAUAUCUUGUCAUCGUCUAUAUCAUGUCAACUUUAUGAAACAUAACCUAAUUGAACGGAUAUGGUUAGAUAGGUGAUUGGAUAUCUAACGCUAUGUAGCUAGAGUUCAGACCUUAUGAAGUAUGUGAUAUUAGAUACAAUAGGUAGGUAGUCGUGGCAGUGAGUCGAUGUAGCUGCAUAGAUUGGAAACGCAUUUUAGUGUAAAUUCUGAAUGAGCGAUCUACACGGCGCGAUCUGAACCUGGCUACCCUUCGGCUUUCAAGAUGCCAUCUCACGUCAGGGACAGGCUAUGGUGACCCGUGAAACAAAGUGAGGAUUUGUGGCAACUCCCAAUUUUAGAGGAACAACAUACUUUCACUUUGCCACUUGCAGAGCGUGCCUGAGGUCCAGCGGAGAGGGGGGGAAGGGGCGUCGCUGCAGGUCACACGCUGCCAUGGGGGCCAGGGGUGAGGAGGGCCCUCAGAGUCCAGCCCAGCCCCAAAACGCCUGUCCAAGGAUGCCCCCUGUCCCGGAGGACAGCCCACAGGUGCCCUUCCUGGAGCUGCAGGGAGAGGUCACGCACUUUGUGGGUCAGGCAGAGGAUGCUGUCAUCGCCAUGUCCAGCUACCGGCUACAUAUCAGGUUCAAGGAGUCUGUGGUGAACGUCCCCCUCAUGCUGAUUGAGAGUGUGGAGUGCCGGGACAUUCUCCACCUCCACAUCGUCUGCAAGGACUGCAAGGUCGUCAGGUGCCAGUUCUCCAGUGCGGAGCAGUGUCAGGAGUGGGCGCGGAGGCUGGCGGGCGUGGUCCAUCCCCCGGCUCGCCUGGAGGACCUCUUCUCCUUCGCUUUUCACGCCUGCUGCGCGGACGUCGGCGUGGGGGAGACGGUGCAGCAGGGUUACACGUGCAGGCCGGGUGACCAUGUGACCUCACGAUUCAGAAACGAAGUGGAGCGGAUGGGCUUUGAUACUCGGGGUGUCUGGAGGAUAUCUGAGAUCAACAGCAAGUACAGGCUGUGUUCCAGUUACCCGGAGCUGCUGCUGGUUCCAGGCUGGAUCACUGACGCGGAGCUGGAGAAUGUGGCAGCUUUCCGCUCUUGGAAGAGGUUUCCAACGGUUGUGUACAGGCACCGGAGUUCAGGGGCAGUGAUCGCACGCUGUGCCCAGCCGGAGGUCAGCUGGUGGGGGUGGCGUAACGCGGACGAUGAGCGGCUGGUCCAGUCCAUCGCCAAGGCCUGUGCUGCCGGCCACAGGGCUCGCAAGCACACAGCCAACGGGACCGCCACGCACCAACACGGCUACCAGAGCCAGCGGCACCAAGACGCCAACACCAGUGUCCCUUACGAACACACCAACGGGAGUGUCCCUUAUGAACACACCAACGGGAGUGUCCCUUAUGAACACACCAACAAGUCUGUUUAUCAUGAACACACCAAUGGGAGUGUCUCUCACGAAUACCCCAAUGGGAAUGUCCUUCACGAACACACCAAUGGGAGUGUCUCUCACGAAUACCCCAAUGGGAAUGUCCUUCACGAACACACCAAUGGGAGUGUCUCUCACGAAUACACCAAUGUGAGUUCCUUUCGUGAACACACCAGCAGGAGUACCUCUCCAGAGCACACCAAUGGGAGUGUCCCUCACAAACACACCAAAGAGAGUGUACCUCAAGAACACACCAGUGGGGGUGUCCCUGAAGAACACACCAUUGUGAGUGUCUGUUACAAACACACCAAUGGGAGUGUCUCUCAGGAACACACCAAUGGGAGUGUCCCUCACGAACACACCAAUGGGAGUGUCUCUCAGGAACACACCAAUCGGAGUGCCUCUCAGGAACACACCAAUGGGAGUGUCUCUCAGGAACACAACAAUGGGAGUGUGUCUCAGGAACACAACAAUGGGAGUGCCUCUCUGGAACACAACAAUGGGAGUGCCUCUCUGGAACACAACAAUGGGAGUGUCUCUCUGGAACACACCAAUGGGAGUGUCUCUCUGGAACACAACAAUGGGAGUGUCCCUCACGAACACACCAAUGGGAGUGCCUCUCAGAAACACAUCAACAGGAGUGUCUCUCAGGAACACAUGAACGGGACACAUUCCAACGGGAAAGUCCCCAACGAGUACACCAAUGGGGCACUGUGGUCCCACAGUGAAUUCGAGGUCUCCGUGAGCCGGGGGUCGGAGGGCGACUGUGCUGACACCCUCCCCCAGAAGCUGCUGAUCCUGGACGCCCGGUCCUACGCAGCCGCUGUGGCCAAUCGCGCGAAGGGCGGAGGAUGCGAGUGCCCAGAGUACUACCCCAACUGUGAGGUGAUGUUCAUGGGGAUGGCGAAUAUUCACACCAUUCGAAAGAGCUUCCAGGCCUUGCGCUCCCUCUGCACACAGAUGCCUGACCCUGCUAACUGGCUCUCUGCGCUGGAGAACACCCGGUGGCUGCAGCACCUGGCCCUGCUGCUGAAAGCGGCUCUGCUGGUGGUGACGGCGGUGGACCGGGACCGCAGGCCCGUCCUGGUGCACUGCUCCGACGGCUGGGACCGCACACCGCAGAUCGUGGGGCUGUCCAAACUUCUGCUGGACCCCUUCUACCGCACCAUUGAGGGGUUCCAGGUGCUGGUGGAGACGGAGUGGUUGGACUUCGGUCAUAAGUUUGGGGUCCGCUGCGGUCACGGCGAGCGGGCGGAGGACCUGAACGAGCGCUGUCCCGUGUUUCUGCAGUGGCUGGACUGCGUGCACCAGCUGCACCGCCAGUUCCCCUGCUCCUUCCAGUUCAACGAGUCCUUCCUGGUGAAGCUGGUGCAGCACACAUACUCCUGCCUGUUCGGGACGUUCCUGUGCGACAGCGGGAGACAGAGGGACGAGGGCCGCGUGCAGGAGAGGACGUGCUCCCUGUGGUCGCUGAUGCGGCCCGGCAACCGCACCUUCCAGAACAUUCUGUACUCUCCCAACUCAGAGACCGUGUUGCGGCCCGUGUGCCACGUGCGGAGCCUGAUGCUGUGGAGCGCGGUGUAUCUGCCCAGCUCGCUGCCCACGCUGCCCUGCGACGACUCCUGCGCUCCGUCCCCCUGCGCUCUGUCCCCCGGGGCUCUGGAGGAGCUGCGUCCGGCCAGCCUUCCAAAAACGAGGUCCUUUGAAACCCUCCCCGGUCAGGUGGGGGGCACCACAGCCCCGAACCGGCGCUCCAGUGACCCCAGCCUGAGGGACAAAAGGCCGGGCCCCUCCCAGGAGUGUAGCACUGGGCCGGGGCAGGGGCAGGGGCAGGGUCCAGGGCAAAGGGGCCGUCGGCCCUCAGAGGAGACGGGAGACAGGCGGGUGGCAGGGCUGGGCUUCCAGGAAGAGGAGGAGCUAAAAGCCCUGGAGGAUGAGGGGGCGGGGCCCCCAGUGGAGGAGUGCAGGGAGGCGGAGCUGUCUGUGGCUGUGGGCGUGGCUGAAGGACUGAUGGAGAGUGUUCUACAGGAAGCGCCGGAGGGUGAUGAUGAGGUGACCGUUGAGCCCAAGUGCCCCUCAGAGCCGUCUCCGACCCCGCCCCCUCCUCCGCCCAUGACCCCACCCACUUAUUUACCCUUGGGGGGCUUGGAAGGCCCUGAGGCCCAGAUGUGUGAGGGGCAGGUGGGGGUGCUCGAGCGGGCCCCGGAGACCUCAGCGGCUCCUGAGGGGCCCCAAGCUCUGAGCACCGGCGCCCUAAGGACUUCAACCGACAGACACACUGGAAUCACCACGGAAACACUGACAGAGGAGGGCGGGGACAGGCCGGGUCCCCCGUGCCUGAACGCGGGGCCCCGGAGGCCGACCCCCAGCACGCCACCUCGGUCCCCCGCUCCUCUCUGUGACGGGGCCCCCCCGCAGGACGGGGCGCGCGGCGAGCAGCGGGCCUGGCCCCGCGCGGGCCCCCUGCGCGGCCCCCAGGACGGGCUGGCCCUGCCCGGAGACGCUGUGCAGCUGCGGCUGCGCCAGAUGGAGGCGGGGCGUCAGCUGCAGGUCCACACCCUCAAGCGCCAGGUCCAAGAGCUGUGGAACCACCUGGAGAACCGCCACGGCAACGGCCUCCCCGGUGACCAGCAGACCUGCAGUAGUCCGGACUCGGACUGCAGCGCUGACUCCCCCUGUCACACUCAGACGCACGCGCACCUCCUCUCUGAGCCCAGCUGGGGACGGCUGGAGCAGCAGGAUGCAGAGGUGACCCAAUGGUACCCAGACCGCCUGGCCACCAACUGCCACGGGUGCGAGGGCAGGUUCUGGCUGGCAACCAGGAAGCACCACUGCAGAGGAAAACAGCCUGUUGAAGAAGCCUGGUGCCUGAGUGCCCGCGGUCUCUCUGCUGCCCCCUGCAGGACGUGUGGGAACGUGUUCUGUGCCAGCUGCUGUGAGCAGAGGGCCUCCGUGCCUAGCUGUGUCUGCCCGACCUGCCGCUCCGCCCUCCCCCCCGUCGACCUGGAGCUGGAGAAGCCAAUCACGGCCAGCUCCAACUAGGCCCCGCCUGCCUGCUCCUCCAAUCACGGCUAGCUCCAACUAGGCCCGUCCCACUAGAAUUAGAAUGCUGUGAGGUUAUAUGUGUGUCUGUACGUGUGUAUAAAUCAAAUUUCCACAUGAGCAUGUAAGUUUAUUGUUUAUUGAGUGAGAGGAGUGCAUUUUAAAAAUUGGACUCGUGGUGGCUUGGACAGACUGAUGUCUUGCGGCCAGCGGUGGGGCUGACCUACUUUUUGGAUUUUGCGUUCAGUCUUUCAGACGGAGCUCCUGAUCAGCAUGGUUUCCCCUCUGCCCCAGGGCUACACAGUGAGGGCUGGGUGGGGCUUACGGACGAUGUGGAGUACUUAAGACUUUAAAGAAUAAAAUGCACUAUGCCCAAAA